UGCAGUUUGAAAUUUGUGGUUGUAACGUUAUCUGUUAGAAGUAAAGAAAAAAAAAUCCUGCUGAAACAAGUAGUGUAGACCACACUAGAUCUGCUUCAGAUAAGUCUGUCCAUUAUUGUGUGCAAUUAGACCAAGUAUUUUGAAGGAUUAGUAGAUAGUAUAUUUUAAGAGAUUGGUUAGUGGUAGGAAGUAAGACUGCCAGUGAAAUUUUUCUUCUAGAGUUGAAAUGCAAAGAUCUCUUAUUAAAACUUAUCCAGUUGUUUAACUUUUCUUAACAGAAAGUUCAUAGGUCAUAGAAACAAGUGCAGUAUGAAAUUUCAAACCCAAUAUUCACCUGCUUUUAAAGAAAAAUAGUAAUAGUCCCUCAUUUUAGAAGGCAACAGUUAUUUCACUACUGCUGUGUGCUGUCAAAAUAUGCCUGAUUGUUUACAUUCGUGUGUACUCUAAACUGUUUUGAUUUUUGUUUUGUUAAUUUUAUUUUUAGCUGUAGAAGCCUGUACAGGCUUCGAAAGAUUUCAUUGGCUUGCUUUCUCGCCACUUUUUCCUAAGAAAAGGUGACCAUACCAAGGCUGUGAAUAAUCCUCUCUGUAUUCAAAUCUGUUAGACAGUGAGUGUUGCCUUGCAAUUUGUUAACACUGCUGCUUUGCCUCUGCUUUGCUUCAUUUAACUUUUUAGGCCCUUUUCUCCUCUUAAUGGGAUUCUCUGUUUUGGGGAUUUUUUUACCAACUUGUCACCUGCCAGAUAAAGGGGGGCAGGGGGAAGAGAUUGCUUUCUUAGAACUGUUUUGGUAAGAGAGCCUUGUUGUUCCUAAUCUGCCUAUAAUUUGUCUCUGUUUUCUCUUCCUUAAUCUCCUUUUGCUCCUAUUUCUGAACCUCCUCACCUUCAUCCUCAUCACUCCUCCCUCGCCGAUCUUUGGUUUUGAAAGAAGCCGGGAGGAGCGGUGAGAUGCCAGAAGAGCACAGUUAUUACUUACACAGGGAAAGUUCAUCCUGUCCAACAAGUAUGCUAUUUGUAGCCUUGAGGGAUAUAUCUAAAGGGCACAGAGUUUCCACUCAAAAUUUAAGUAGAUUAGAUUAUGUAUACAUAUUUGUUGUGACUUGGCAGGUAUCCCAGUGCCCGAGGUCUUAAAACAUAUACUUUGCUAUACUCGAGGCAAGCUCAACUGUAUGUUUCAAAAGAUGCUGUGGAGAGAUGGGAGGCUGCUGUUUGGAGUUCACAAAAGUGUUAUCCUCUCUAGAUCUGAUACGACACAGGAAUUCUGACUACUGUUCUGUCUAGUCCUGCAUUUUGUCUUGAUAUUAGCUUCUAUCAGAUGCUUCAAGGGGUGGUAUAACCAUAACAUACGGAGAAGAUCCUCUCUUAUUUAACUCUCUGCUGAUUUGGAUUUUGUCCUGAAAAAAGAGGGUUGGUAUUAUUUUUUCUGAAGUCCUCUUCAAAUCAUAUUAUAAGUCUGGAUGAUCCAGUUAUCUAUGUAAGUCUUGUCCGUCUAACUGUAUGCUACCUUCUGGCAGUAAAUCUCACAAGCUAAUACUUUGCUGUUAAAAAAUAAAGUAUUUGCGUUUACUAGUCUAAAAUUUGCUAUGCUGUGGUUUUAUUGAAUGUGUCUCAUUGUCCUAAGAACAGAUAAAAUCAUCUGAGCAAGUUACUCUACUGCUAAUUGUUUUAAUAGUUUUAUCUUGUUAUCUUGUUUAAAAGUAAACAUAAAAAUGCAACUCCAGAAUUCAGGUGCUGCAGAUAAUGCUGGAGGGAACCGUGAAGUUAAAACAGCUGUAUUUUAUGAAAUUCUGUUUGGUAUGGCACUUUUCCUUAUAAGGCCCAAUGACCAAUUGUUUUGAUUAUUUAGAAGGAAAAAAUUCCAUGAGAACUGUUACUGAAAAUGACUAACUUGGCAUUAGUGAUCUGUCGCUCUCUUACAGCAUUUGAUGCAAUACUGAAGUUAAUUAAGAUAGCUGAAAUAUCCAGUUAGCCAGUCAGUGCUUCGGCUGCUCAUAUGUGACCUGUUUAUUACAUUUUCUGGUAAAUGGCUAAUGAUAUCUGUAAAUAAAUACUCCUUCUGUUUGUAGUGGUGUCUUCUUAACAUCCAAGGCCUUUGUAAAUAAAGAACAGCCUGUGUAUCUAAUAGAAAGCUUGAACACUUGAUUCACAGUGCACGGUGACCUGUGGGCUUUUGCAGUGAGGAGCUGAAGUGAUUCCUCAGGUUUUGCCAUUAGAGUGAUGAAACCUUUGAAAGAGGAGUGUGGUGCUGGGAUUGCCAAUGCACAGUGGAAGACGUGCAAAAGCAGAGUGACUAAGGCUGCAUGUUAGAAACCAGGGAUGGUUGGGUCAGGUCGCAAGAAGAGGGCAUACUUGACAGAGAGGUAGGCUGGAUUUAGUUAGGUGGUUGUGUUUCUUUAUUUAAGCAAGGAUUGGAGGUUGAUAAAGAUGCAUAAGCUGAUAUGUAGUAGAUAUAAGCUGCUUUUGCUCAAAACUGCAGAGGGGUAUGUGAGAGAGAUGGGACCAGGACUUAGCAGAUCUGAAAUGCAUGUCCACCAGACCUGUUCCUUUGGCAUCUCAGUGCCUUGGAGAAGAUAUGCUUGAAAAUGGUUACUACAGUUGCUUAAACCUGUUUAUGUUAUCUAUUAGAGCAGUCUCUUAAAGGCAGAGGAUGAGGAAUAAUCUGUUGUGGGGAUUUUUUAUCUUCUGCAUGAUAUUAUUCCAGUAUAUUAAAAAAAAAAAGAGAUUUGCCCUAAUAAACAGAAACUGCAUGCAAGAUUUACUAUAUUUUCUUUUUUUACUUCUAGUUUGCUUUUCUAAGUAUGAAAACGUAGGAUUUACUCAAGCAGAUAAGAGGUAGAAUUGUCCCUUUGUGAACCUUAAAAUGGAGGGAAUGAGAAAGAAUGUCCAGGCUGUUGAUCACUGGGAAAUAAUUAACAAAAACAAUUAACUAUGGCUUAGUCCACAGUAGGAUGUUACCUUGAACACACCACUUCAAUUCCUCUUACAGCAUCACGUGUCCAUGCUGAACUUAAUACUAAAGAGUUAUAUCAAAAAGGACUACUUACUCUAGUAAGUGCAGUAAAUGCUCAUUGCAGUGAGUUAGUUUCCACUCUAAGGUUUCUUUGGGUUAAUUGCUUAUAAUGUGCUGGAGUUUGUAUUUCUCCCCACCUGGCUCACUACCCAUAUCCUCCCUUACUCCAGGAUCAUCCUGACUGGAGGUAAAUGCUCCAUACACCUUGGCAGGUAGCCAGGAGUGCUGCUCUUUUUGGUGGGGGUUGUAAGCAAGUUGGUUGUAGCAAUUGAUUAGUUUUGAAGAGCCUGCCAAGGCUCUGGUGGCCUCUGGUUCGUGUAUGUCUGACCCUGCUCAGACAGGAAUUGUUGCAGGGUGGAUAGGUACAGGUCACUGCCCCCAUAAACAAAAGAGAGAGAGCACACCUUGACCUGGCCUCGGGAAGGAAUCAACACAAAGGACUAUAAAGGAUGUAGCAGAAGACAAAGAAACACAAUGGAAUUCUUGAUCAGUGCCCUCAUACAUGCUCUGGGCUGUGGUUUUGCAAGUGACAUUGCCACCAAAUCCAGGAGUGAUUUAUUUCCCCUGCUCCCCUGGAUGGUGCACAGGGCCACAGCAGAGGCCCAAGGUAACUGGGUAAGAACCCAGCAAAUAAAGGUCAGUAGCCUCACCUAUGCCAUAGUGUCCAGCUGGGUCUGGGCCUGCUGCAAGCAUUGUGACUCACCAGAUGUGAACAAUACCCAAGAAACAGCUACGGGAUCCUGCAGAGGCUGGAGGAGGAAGCCGAUCUACACAUAAAAAGGCUGCAGCCCAUAUGAAGAGGGGAAUUAUUAGCUAAAAGAUAGCCAUCAGAUUUCAGAAGAUAAACGAAAGGUGGAUCUGAACCUUGAAAUUGUCAGCUCAGCUCAGCAGGAGGUUGCAAAGGCAAAGUGGUGAAAGGAGGGUUUCCUGGAGAACACCCAGAAGAUUGAAAUGGAUUAUGCGAUUCUGGAAGGGGACAAGAAACAGGCAAUACAAAGACCAGUAAAAAUGGGAAGUACUGGAUUCUGGUUUCCUCCAAGAAGAGUCAGCGGAACUGGUUAAGACCAAAAUCUGAGGACUUUAGUGGGCAAACAUCAGUCCCCUUUUGCUUUCUUUUACGACCACAUGAAACUUGAGAAGCCAUCUAAAGCUAAAUCAUUUAGUGGAGUUGGGCAAUUCCCAAGUGUCCAACAAGAAGGCCUGGUUUAGGCUGCGAUGGCCACUGUCAUUCCUGGUGAUUUGUCAGAAGUAAGAGAUACCCAGAAAGUCCCUUCAGGGAAACGUAAGCGUGGUGAAACCAAACCAAGAAAAAACUUUCCUUGCCAACUGUGUGACAAGGCCUUUAACAGUGUUGAGAAAUUAAAGGUUCACUCAUACUCUCACACAGGAGAGAGGCCCUACAAGUGCACACAACAAGACUGCACCAAGGCCUUUGUUUCUAAGUACAAAUUACUAAGGCAUAUGGCUACUCAUUCUCCUGAGAAAACCCACAAGUGUAAUUAUUGUGAGAAAAUGUUUCACCGAAAAGAUCACCUAAAGAAUCACCUACAUACACACAAUCCCAACAAAGAGGCCUUUAAGUGUGAAGAAUGUGGAAAGAACUACAAUACCAAGCUUGGGUUCAAACGUCACCUGGCUUUGCAUGCUGCAACAAGCGGUGACCUCACCUGUAAGGUAUGUUUGCAGACUUUUGAAAGCACAGGAGUGCUGCUGGAGCACCUAAAAACUCACGCAGGCAAGUCAUCGGGUGGAGUGAAGGAGAAAAAGCACCAGUGUGAACACUGUGAUCGUCGGUUCUACACCCGAAAGGAUGUCCGUAGACACAUGGUAGUGCACACUGGAAGAAAGGACUUCCUCUGUCAGUACUGUGCACAGAGAUUUGGGCGGAAGGAUCACCUCACGCGCCACAUGAAGAAAAGUCACAACCAAGAACUUUUGAAGGUCAAAACAGAGCCAAUGGACCUUCUAGAUCCCUUUACCUGCAAUGUUUCUGUGCCUAUUAAGGAUGAGCUGCUUCCAGUGAUGUCUUUACCUUCCAGUGAACUGACAUCAAAGCCAUUUACAAACACUUUGCAAUUAAAUCUCUACAACACUCAGAUUCAGUCCAUGCAGAGUUCUGCAUCUGCACACCAAAUGGUUGCCACAUCGUUGCCAUUGGGAAUGCCUUGUCCAAUAGAUAUGGAGUCUGUCCACCCUUCUCACCAGCUAUCGUUGAAAUAUCCACUCGGUACUACCUCAUAUGCAAUUUCUAUGCCUGAAAAAGAACAGCCAUUGAAAGGGGAAAUCGAAAGUUACCUAAUGGAGUUGCAAAGUGGUAUGCCUUCUUCAUCCCAGGAUUCUCAAGCAUCUUCAUCAAAACUAGGGCUGGAUCCACAAGUAGGGCCACUAGAUGAUGGGUCUGGGGAGGUUUCCCUUUCCAAGGGCUCCGUUCCUAUUAGCGAACCUCUAAACACCCCAUCAUUGGACUUUUCCCAGCUGUUCAACUUCAUACCUGUAAAUGGCCCUCCCUAUAAUCCUUCUGUUUCAGUGGGAAACCUCGGAAUGAGUUAUACGCAAGAGGAGGCACAUUCUUCUAUGACUCAACUUCCACCACAAACCCAGGAUCCACAAGAUCCUAGCAAUAGUAUAGGUCUUGGGUCUCUGCACUCGUUGUCAGCAGCUUUCACAAGCAGUCUAAGCACAACCACCACCCUACCACGAUUUCAUCAAGCUUUCCAAUAGGAUGUACAAAGCUGGCUUGUUACUGUCUAUUUGUAGAAAUGCCUUAGGUGACCAUUUUUAACUUAGUGCCUACUAUAAGACAUUAUAAAUUCUCUGCUUUUGUACAGUACCAAUCUCAUGAAGCCAGUAAGAAAUUUAAAUUAACUUUUUUAAAAUGUUUUGAAAGUGUUUAUUCUCAGCUGUGUUUACUUUGUUUUUUAUUUUAAACAGUCUCGUUUUCAUUUUCACUGCCAAUUGACACACUUAAAAUGUUCAGUAGAAAGUCAUCCCCGGCAAACUUUCAACACUCAUCCCUUUCUUAAAACUUUUAACCACACCAGCUAUUCUGUUUCAUUGAUGUCAGUGGUAGAACUACCACUUUUACCUUUUAAUGUAUUUUAGUAUUUGCAAAGAAUCCAAUUAUGUAUCACAAAGGUUCCUGAAGAUUUGGGGAAAAAAAUUCUCAAGUCCCUUUCCAAACAAAUCCUCUUCCCAAAUGGUAACACAUCUGAUCUGUUCUAGAAUGACAAAUCUAAAUUUUUAAAAUAAAUAUAGAAUUCAGAUUUUUCUGAAAACUUGUCUGUGUAUAUAUAGAAGUCCAUAUAUACACAUGUACAUAUAUAUAGCAUUUUGACUUGUAUUGAAGUCAUUAUAAAAGGUGUUAAGAAUUUUGCCAUUUUCUGGCUUAAAUUUUUGUGGCCUGUUAUGGAUAACAGAAGAAAAAAAAAUUUAGUUUAAUGCUCUAAAAUCAUGGCUGAACAGAAUUUCAACAGAGAAUCUCUGCUUGCCUAAAUGACAAAUGUUUCAAGUUGAAUUUGGAACUGUGUUGUUGUGCUUUCAUGACUCUGGUAGAGGGAAACAGGCGAAAUUAAUGGCUGAUCUUGAAAUAUAAAAGCAUUGUAAUUUAGUAAUGCAGAAUAUUUUGUCGCAGUUUUUGUUUUAAUUCUUAACUUGCUGUUUUUUUCUCUUUAGUAGCAUAGAAAGUACUGCAUAGGAAUCUUCCAAUAGUGUAUUCACAUUUGUAGGCAUCAGUCUUCUCCCAGCUGCCACCGCCAAAGGGUGGAUCAAGUCCAGCCAGAAAGUGUGUAUCUAUUUUCAGUUCAAUACUAGUGUGCAGUCAGAGAGUGAAUGUAAAUUUGCAAAUAUCAGUUUUUGUUUUGUUUUGGUUUUUUUUUUUAUUGGAAUGAUCUUUUCAGUUGUGUUACAUGGUGUGUUAUGUCCUCCUAAGCAACAAGUUAGAUGUUGAUCACACUUUCUACACCUGGGUACUUGGUUAGGGACUUUUUGCCCAUUGCCAAGAUUUAAAGACAGGACUCUUAGGAGUGAAGUAAAAGCAUAUUGCUUACACCACUUUUACCUAAUGCAAUAUAUUCUAUUCCCCAACCCCUAAUAACCAAAAGAGGAAAAAAAAACCACACCAGCCCUGUGAUGCAUGAAAGCAAACUAGAUUUGCUGUAAUUCAACAAUAACAUUCUUUUCCUUGUCAUUUUUGUACAAGGAAUUAAAAAAUAGAAAUCGCGUACAUUAAUAUCUCUCAAACAAUAAUGAGGUUUCAUACAAGGUUUUAAGUGGUUAAACUAACUAUACUUCACAGAAACAAAAGUUGCUCCCAUUUAAGGAGCUCAUGCUCCAGAUGUUUUAUCAGUAGCUCCUACUUUUUUUUUUUUAAUUCUAGGAGCAAUAUGCAGGUGUAGUUUUACUAUUUUAUACAUAUGUGUAUUUAAAUUUUAUUACUGAAAGAUAACAUUUUUAUAAAUGUGUUUGUGUUCCAAAGGCAUUAAAGUGAGGAUGUAUUAAUAAGGAAAAUACCUUUUGAAAUUCUGCAAACUACUCCUAGAUUUUGGGUUUAGGAGCACGUUAUCUCAAAGUGGGCUUUUAGCUCUGCUUCAUGACUGCUUCCUCUGGUUUCUGUGAAACAGAUUGCUCGCUUACUUACAUCUUUAGUUGAAUGAUUUGUUCAAUAUUGCUUUUUUUCUUGUCACCUUUCUAAAGGAAAGAAAAACAGAGAUGAACAGAGCACAAGGUGAAUGCAACCGAAUGUAACUCUAGUUUAAAUCAGCAACCAUAACGCAUCUAGGAGGAACUCGGGUUUAUUCUCAGUCCUUUAAAUCAAUCUGAGAUGAAGAUAAGUGGACUUAAUUCUUCCAGUGGGCCAUGUCCCGCACGGAGCCGAGCAUCUGCAGCAGAGGGAAAUUGCGAGUGCUCGGCAUCCUGCGGCCGGCCCGGCAGCGUGGCCAGGCAGCACUGCACGUCCUGGGCAGCCUCUGGCACACAAAGUUCCAACCUGUAGCGGCUGUUUAUCAGUCUCUGUUGCCGAUUAGACUUGAUUAAACAAACAAAACCCAACAGACACUUUGCCAACACCCGUUUCUUAGCGUGUAGCCAGAAUCCUUACUACUUUGUUCAUGCCUUAGCUUCCUGAAAAGGGAUUGACAUUUCACUUUGGAGUUAGACGUACAUUUCACUUGAGAAAUAGGGACCUCAGACAAGAUAUUGAACCUCAUUCAGUCAGGGUUUCAGUGGGUGGCUGCGCCGAGUGCGUUUGCCACUGAACUAGGAUGUAUGGUAACGUGGAAGUAGACUGACACUGUAAGCAAUACUACCACCACCGGAGUGCUUUUGAGUAUCACUUAGGCAGAGUCAAUAUUGGCCACUACUAAAAUGUCAGGUUUUAAACCCUGUUUUCUCGAUUUCAGAUGGAUUCUCGGCGGGAGGGGGGAGGGCUGGCUGAUCAUGCACCACUCUUUGUGCAACUUCUAAAUUCUAGUAAGGUUUUUUUUUUUUUAAUAUAUAUAUUUUUGUGUACUUGUUGCUUGUGCUUUAUUUAGUAGUAAAAUGUGGAAUAGAGUGAUUUAUUGUUAAUUUGGCAGUAGCGGUUUUUAAAAACCAUAUACUGACUGAAACAUGAGCCAGAGCUGAUUGCUUUAUUAAGCUAAUAAUGAAUGUUAAGAGUACAUAUUUUCAGGAUCAUUUGCCUAGUGAGCUAAACAUGUAUUAUAGGCCAAUAUUUUUUAAAAUAAAGCUUGGUCAACCUCUAUGUUACACAUAUUACAAGAUAUAGCACUUUCAAAAAGAAAACCUAAACCUUUUAAGAAAAUUUCUUACAGGUUAUGCUUUUUAUUAUAAAACCUUUUAUUAUAAUUUGUUUCAAGUGCCAUUAGAUUACAUAUAUGUAGGCCUUUGGUAUAAUGCUUUGUGUACAAAAUGGUAGACAUUGUAAUUUUAAACAGGUACAUUUUUACAGUGUUUUCUUAUCAAUUUGCUAUAUUGCACAGAACCAGUGUGUCUUUCUUAAGGGUUUUACAAUGGUUUUUACUAGGUUUACAUGUUUCAAACUACACUGUCUUCUACUGCCAUUUUGAAUACCAGUCAAAAGAAAUUAGGAGUUUGUCCUCACCGAUUGCAAACUGUGUCCUCUGGAGUUCUGGAUGGUAACCUAUGGCAAAAAUGUUUAACGUGCAGUAUUUGAUACAGAUUUUUUUCAUCAUAUCCUAUCACCGCUAUGCUGCUGUCUGAAGUUAACUUGGGGCCUGAUCCUGCAUCUGUAAAGGUCGAGAGGAGCAGGAUUGCAUCCUUUGUUAUGUCUGUCUCAUACACUGGUUUAGCAGCUCAUCCUGUAUUCUUCUCAGUCUAUCGAUAAGCCUCUGAAAUAAAUGUACUUACCUGGUAUGUAGUAAACCGUAUAGGCUUAGCUGCCCAUCCUGCAUCCUCCCAGUGUACAGUUAAAGCCACAGCCUACUUAGCAUCACGCUCAACGUACAGAUAACGCCACAGUAGUUCAAAAUGCGUUUGGAUAGUCCCAAAACUUUUAUGCAAUAAGGGUGUCUUACUUUUGUUGGAAGGCAGUGUCUUUUGAUAACAGUUAUCUAGCCCUGGAAGUGACACAGAACUAUUGCUAAUCAUAUGUAAACACUUUUCAGUAUAAGCUUCAGUGGUACAGUUGAACCAGAGUGAAUGUUUAUCUCCUCAGAAACACUCCUGCAAUAUUGUUAUAUUGGAUCAUGCUGCUAAUGUAACUUGGGAUACAACUCCUCUCAUGGUGCUACAAACCUCCCUGUCUCAUUCAGAUGUAUUUUUACCCAUAGAAAAAAGGACUAUACUAGACCUAUAGUUGUAUGAUAUAUUUUUAUACUGUGACUUAAUUUGUCAUUAAUGAACUUUGUGCAACACCACAAUGUAUUCAUAAGCACUUGCAAAAGUAAGAUUUUGGACAUGCAAAUUUAAACGCUGACAAGCCCAGCUCUUGUUCACAAAAAUAGGUGACUGCUAGUUAAAAUUGAAUGUGGGCUUUUUAUAUGGUGUGGAGUGAAGAAUAUACUAUAUAUUACUAAAAGCCUUGGAAUUUAGACAAAAACUGGGAAAUGUAUAUUGGGGAAUGAUGACACACCCAAACCUGACUCAGAUUGCUGAAAUUAUAUUUUUAGCUAGUAGAAAAAUUGUUUGGAUUUGUAUGCUAAAAUGGUUUAAUGGUAAAAGUUUUGAGUCAAAAAUAGAGGGAAAAAAAAAACCACAGAAAACCCUGCAUUCCAGACUGAAUUUGUAUAUGUUUCUUGCAUUUAAAAUUUGCUAUCCUGUGAUAUGGGAAAUCGAGUUGCUUAUCAUGUAUAUGUACUUUAAAAUGUAUUCACAAACUACUGUUGUAUUUGUAUAAAAUAUAGACAAAAAGAUUGCAUAUAUAUUUUUGUGUAUAAGCUCUGUAAAAUAGCAAUCACAUUAUGAAGCUGCAGCAGAACUUCAUUUUAAACAUUCACAUCCAAAGAAACAGACUAUUUAUUGUCCACAUACCCUGAUUAUAAAAUAUACCUUGCUGCUAUUAAACAAUAGUGCUGCAGCUUCUUGUGGCCUACAGUGUUAUGUUUGCUGUACAAAAAUAUGUGAACUCCACAAAAUAUAUCAAUAAAAUUACAGAAUGGUUUUAGUUAAUGAAUAACUUAUGCCUGGCAUUUCAAUAGAUAAUCUUGAUCUGCAUGUUUGGGAUUACAAUAACUAAUACGUCCAGUUUUGCUGGGUGUAGCUGUUUUGAGUUUGCAAAGGUGUAACUGUCUUUCUGAUUUAUGGCUGGUAGAAUGUCAGUUUUUCAGAAAAUCUUAAAGCAUAAAUAUCUGCGUUUCAUGAUUUCACCAAGGAACAAAUGGGAUGAUGCUACUGUGUCUGUGACAAGACAGAUCUGAACUGAAGGAAGCAAUUGAGUUUGCCAUCCAAUUGCACUUUGAAACGCUGUGAGACACUGGAAGGUGAGUUUGGGGGUUCCGUAGUGGGACCGCUCGUUCGGCAGAUGGAGGUGAGUGGUUCUCCAUCACUUCAGAUGAAUGCAAGUCAUUUACGUAGAUUGUUCUAGUUUGCAGGAUGAACUGCAAGGGUGUGGCGUGUGCUAGACACAGCAUCUGGGUUGUUUCUCUGAAAUACGUCCAGGAGAAACUCUGUUGCGUUGGUCCCACAGACCUGCUGUGACUCCACCUGUGACGCUGCCGACGUCUGAUGCGUGGGGGGAAGAGGUGCUGCGCAGCCAGAUGAGCAGCCAGCUCACAGCUGCAGAAAGCUGCCUCUCUGCUGGUGCCACACUCUUGUUCCCUAGCACAGACUGUUCACCAGGAAAGUAAAAGAUGAGCAUUUCACAUUUCAUUGCUUUUCAGAACAUACUUGGUUAAUAAUAUCCUCAGUGUUUUCCCAUUUUUGGGUUCCUCUCUUUUCCGAGUCUUGACUAUUUAGAUUUCUUGCUGUAACCCAGUCUGAGAGAAAUGAUUGUUACACAGAGUUGUUGGCUUUCGCCUUCUCCAUACGCAGACAUUUUUACUUUCUUGUGAUCCCUACCCCUUUCCUCUGAGCUGACUUACCACUUCUGUGUCAAAGGUUUCUAGCUUGCUUGAGAGGGUUGGCAUCGUUACGUUGAGAGUGAAAAGCUCUACAGAUGCUCUCCGAUAUGAAAUAAUCUGCAAAACCAUUCCCCCCUGCCACCCCGCCGAGAGAAAUCCACCCCAUUGUCUCGCUGUCAUAGCUGGUCUCACCCACUGUUACUGAAUUAACAUGUCCUCCUUCCAAACAGACACCCUCUAGAAACUCCGUCAGCCUCUGUAAUAAGUGGAACAGGGUUGCAUGGGUGGUAUCUGUGUUCUAUCCAGAGACCUCUCGGUGCAGUCCUUCCAGAGGUUUCCUUGUUAAAUUCAGAGCCACAGGCAUCUUCCCUUCUCUCUCCUGUCACCACCCCUUUCCAAAAGCCGUGUAAGAAAGUACAGAAAAGUGGUCCUUCAGUAUUCUCUAUACCUGGUCUCGCUGUCCUCCAGAAGUGGAAGAGGAAGAUUAUUCCAGUUUCCCCCUUCGCUCUCCUUCUUUUCCUUCCCGCGUGUAAGCACGCCCCUAGGAGAAAGCAUGGGGGGUUUUGACAGAGAAAUACAAAACUGUGAUGCAGAGCUGCUGCUGGACUAACAAGAGCUGAGCAGCUACAUGCUGUUGGCUUCCCCGCUUUGCAAAUCAAAGCAUUGUAGUAGCUCGGAUAGAAAUUAAGUUUUCCAAAGCGGCAGUUGUUGUAGUUGGCGCAGCAAGGGUUUGCCAUCACAAACAGGCAGCAAGGGGGACAGCAAGAUAAGCUCUGUUACAAAAUUUAGUCUGGGUCUAGAAGUUUGAGAAGUGUAUUGGAGGAUUAACUGCUGCUUAUCGUCAUUAGCUGGGGCUGUUAGCAAACAAGCAGCAAUGCUGUAUUUCUGUGUUUUGAACAACAGUGGGGAUAGUGCUGCUGAAAAUGACAGACCCCAGCAGCAGCGUGAAGUUUCAAGUUCCUGCUUGCGUGCUAUAUCCCAGCUAAUUGGGUAUAAACUUUCUCUACU